AUGCUGCUGCGCGACGAGGAGACGGACCGGUGGGACUGGAGUAAGUGCGAGCGGUACUGCCGCACGUGUCGGAUAUGGCGUCCGCCUCGCGCGGGGCACUGCUCCGACUGCGGCUGGUGCGUCCGACGGUUCGACCAUCACUGCGGCGCGGUGUCGAACUGCGUCGGGAACGACAACCACCGGUGGUUCGUGUCGUUCCUGUGCGUCACCUCCGCGCUCGUGCUGUCGCUGACGUGCGCCUGCGUGGACGCGCUGCGUCGGACCGGGUGGCCGGCGAGGGCGGCGUCGUGGAACGCGGCUACGUUUUUCUUGAUCGCGUGCGCGUUCGCGUGCUCCGCGAUGUCCUUAGGCGCGAUCUUCGCGCUGUCGCACGUGUGGCUGUGUCUCGCAGACGUCACCACGAAGGAGAUGCUCACGCUGGAGAAGAAGAUGCGAGCGGACGCGCGGCAGAGGUCCGCGCGAGGGGACGGGUCGAGCGGCGCCGCGGAAGCGGCGGGACGGAUAUGGCGUGCGUUUCGAAGCGUCGGGUGGCGGCGGCUGUGCCGGGAGACGGUGUGGGGUGCGAAGUUCGCGUGGAAGCGCGAGCACGAGUCGAGGGCGAGGCCGACGACGGGGCGGAGGGUGGUCAGAAGCGACGGCCGGCGCGCCGCGGGAUAG